AAUAGCAGUCGCACACGGAAGAAGGAACACAUUAACAGGUGGAAAUAACUCACAGACACAUCUGACAGUAAAUCACAGCCUACAAUCUGAAACACAGAUUCAGUCAAACAGAUCAGGAUGAAGACGCUGGCAUUGCUCUCGCUGAGCCUGGCAGUGGCUCUGGGGAUGCCACCAUUUGCUCAAGACAUGGCACAAAACCCUGUGUUGACUGAAGAAAACCAGAGCCCUGUCAAGGGAGACUGGGUUCCUGUGCAGGGUCAUGUGGUGGUGGAGGAACCCGCACCACAAAUCAAGCCAAGCUCAGAGGAGCAGCAGGAAAAACUGGCUCCAGUGCCAGUGGACAUGAAGCCGAGCGUGGUGGAGCUAGAGAGCAAAGUGAAGCCACAAGUAGAAGAGAAGCAAGAGGUUGAAGUAAAGACAGAGGAUAAACCGGAGCCAGAGGUGAAGGUGAAGCCUGAAGUGAAGGUGGAGCCUGAAGUGAAGGUGGAGCCUGAGGUGAAAGCUGAGCCAGAAGUGGAGGUGGAGCCAGAAGUCAUGGCUGAAUUCAAGGUUGACAUGAAGCCAGAGGUUGAGAUGGAGCCAGAGCUCAAAGAUGAUCCCGACUUUAUGGUGGAGUCAGAGGUUAAGGUGGAGCCAGAUGUUCUAGAGGUGUUUCAGAGGCGAAUGAACCUCGAGGCAGAGACUGAAGCAAGUCAGGACAUCGAAGAGAGGCACAUCGACAUGGAGGGAGAAUAUGAAAUGGUGGCUGCGCCAAUCAUGGACUUGGAGCCAAUGGAUGACGAUGACGACACAGAACUGUCAGAAGUAGAAAAGUCUUUGAGGGCAGCAUUUCAGAAUCAAGUCCCUGUCAAUCAACCUCUGCCAGAGGAAGAGGAGGGGCUCAUACGGGAGAGGACCUAUGUUUUGAAUGAAGAGCCAAUCAUGGAGCUGGAGCCACUGGAUGACGACAACGUGCCUGUAGAGAAACUGAGCAAUUCAGUGCUGUUAGGAGCGAAGGGAAACCCUGAAGUGGUGGGUGAGCCAAUCAUGGAGCUGGAGCCACUGGAUGACGACAACGUGCCUGUAGAGAAACUGAGCAAUUCAGUGCUGUUAGGAGCGAAGGGAAACCCUGAAGUGGUGGGUGAGCCAAUUAUGGAGUUGGUACCACUGGAAGACGACGACUCAGAGCUGUCAGAAGUGGAAAAGUCUAUGAGGGCGUCAUUUCAGAAUCAAGAUCCUGUCUAUCAACCUCUGCCAGAGGAGGAGGGGCUCAUAAAGGAGAAGAUGUAUGUUUUAGAUGAAGAACCAAUCGAGGGGCUGGACCCUGAAGAGCCUCUUUUAUAUCAACAGAUCAUACCAGAUGCUGCUCUCAUGGACGAAGGGCCAGCUUUGGACAGUUUGGGGCAGCCGAUGCUACCUUUAGAGGAGUAUUACCCAAAUGAAGAGGCUAGGGUAUGGAUGGGGCAAGACGAACAGCAAAACUCUCGCAUGAUGGAGGGGCCGGAAUAUGUGAUGAUGGAGGAACCAGGGAAAGAGUCAAUCAGAGAGGAAGAGCUCUUUGAGGAGCCAGCAAUGGAGGGCAGUCCUGUGCAUUAGAUCAGAGAUCAGAUUGGUACAGCACCUCAAAGAGAAAGAAGGUGUUUGCUGACGCAAUCACCAAAGCAAGGUUAAGUGUAAAUAAAAUAGUAUGAAUAUCCAAACAUACAGUAUGGACAUGAGGAAUGAUUACAGUGACCAACAAUCAGUGUUCAUAGGUGCAUGUGAUUUUUGUUUGAAGAUAGGUUCGGAAAAAAAAAAUGUGAACGUAUCCUGUAAAGAGAAACAAGUUUGAAAAUGCUGUAAUUCAACAGUGUUAAAAUGGAUGUAGUGUUGGUGUCAUUUCAACAUUUGUAUGCACCAAUUUGUGCCUUUUCUGCUUUAAUGUACGGUGUCGAUGUCUUUCAUUUUUACCAAAAUAAAAGUCUUCUGCUA